CGUACCCUGAUUUUUCAGAGUUGUUACCACACUGACGACUUUCUGUAUACUUCAAAGAACUUUGUGGGUUUUUGGGCCUAUAAAAUUUUAGUAGGUUCUGAUAUUUGUAAUUCUCUGCUGUUAUUUUUACGAUUGGCCAUUUGCUGAAUAAUAAUUGAAAUCGUGAGGAUAAGGUAACCUGUUCGUUUUUAAAAUGAGUAGAUUUCACUGUACUCGUUACCAGUCGUUUUAUACUUGAGGUAUAAUGACAUAACUUCAAUCAUGAGCUCCUGCAUUCUUAUGGGAUACCUUUGGAUCUGGACAACCGAACGUGAUCAGAAUGAGUUCAGAGCAUGAGGAUGAACAUUGGGCUAUCAAACUGAUGCAAGAACAAUCUACUUGGCAACCAUCUGUUUUAAGGCAAUAUGGUGAAGUAUUAUGCGGUGGCAUAAUAGGGGUUUGCGGUCCACUUACUGCCAAUUAUUUCGGCAGUAGACCACUUCAUGCUGGUUUCCAAAGACAUAUUGCAUGUACUAUAAUUGGUGCAUCUAUAGGAUAUGGAAUUAAACUUUUAGUUAAUGAUUGGAGUGGAAAAAGGGACGCUAUUAUGAUAGACUAUAUCAGAAGACAUCCAGAACGCUUCCCUGAACCAGAACGUAAAAGAUUUGCUGAUGUUUUUAUGCCUUGGGGACCAAUUCGUUAGAUCCGUGAUAUUCUUUGUUAGUUACUAUCUGUAAUAUCAGUGUAGAAAUGUCUAAGUCAUAACACUUCUUAUAAAUAACAGGUAUGAAAAUGCAUUAUUGUGUAAGGUAUUUAUGUAUAGAAUGAAAGUACCUUCCAAUUUUUUAAAGCUGAUAAAACUAUGGUGUAGAUAAAACAGCCUGGGGUGUUACCAUCAAAAUGACUUAGCAGAUCUAGCUUUUGAAAAGUGUUGUAAAAGAGAAAAUAAUAACACAAAUAGAAUUGACAAAA